GGGCAGCAGUUUCCUGCAGUGCACCUCUCGCAUAGUAAAUCUGAUGUACAUCCGGGACAGUGUAAACACUGAUGACUCGAAAAAGGCUCUCAGUGGGAGAGGGGUAGAGAGGAGUCGGUUAUCUAAUAGAACUUUGCGCUGGCUGCUCCUGCCGCUGCUAACGACGAUACUCCUAUAUUCCCUUUCUGGCUCAGGAACAUUUAGGGCGACAGGAGGAAGGAAUAACCAGAGCAGGGCUUUGAAUCAUAUGCCUAACCUAUCGACCCAGCUGAGCACACCUCCUCUCCUCUGUGAAUGCACUCACUUGCAGCAUGGACUCCGCAGGGGAAAGAGAGGAAGGGUGGAUGGAAGACCAGUGGGAGAAAUGGGACUAAACAGGGCAAUUGAUGCUUUGGCAGGACAAAUCCUUCUUUCCCGAUUGGUGUGGAGGUUGACCCAUGACAUCAGCCUGAAUGAGUUUGAAGAUGACGACUUGUCUGAGAUCACUGAGAUCACAGAUGAGUGUGGGAUGAGUCUCAACUACAUGGGCCUAGAGAUUAAGGGCUGUGUGAGGCAGGGGACCAAUAGUGGGGUGGGGAAGGAGGAGCUGGGUGCUGUCGGUCAGCUCCAGGCCGAGAUGCUCCAUUUGGAUCUGAUCGACGGGGCCGAUGGUUACCGCGAUGACAAGGAGUCAUCUAAGCCUUCUUCCACAGCACCCCUGCCAGUAACCGAGGACCCCCCUCUAGUAACCAUGAAUAUAUACCGGCCAAAGAGACCCACGACCCUUAACCUUUUCCCCAUGGUGCCACGUACUCAGGACACAUUAAACAACAACUCAUUUGGUAAGAAGUACAGCUGGCAGGAGAAGGUCUCGCUCUCAUCCUCCCCCCUCAAAACAGGCGGGCUGAUCUCUCCCCAUGAGCACAGCUGUCUAAGCGACGAGGACAAGCUGCAGCACGGAGGUGGGACGCAGACCAAGGACCGCGGCACAUCCACUGACACUCCCUGUAGAUACAAACACACCUCUGGACACACUGAGAGCUCCACAGCGGGGACACGCUCCAAACUGCCGGAGAAACCCCCAGCACCCCCGCCACCCCAAAACUACACACUCGCACCUCUGGGCCCCCCAGGGACACACAGAGAGAAGAUCCGCUAUCACACAGAUGUACGCCUAGAACCCACCGAGGAGAUCUAUCUGACUCCCGUGCACCGUUCCGAGCAGGACCACCCAUUCCUGUCCCAGCAGCCAGAGCACGGACGCAUGUCAAUCAGCUCUGACAACGAGGGCCCGCCCCCUUACCAGCCUCUGCCCGACCGGACCAACCCUUCCAUUUGUGAGGAGGACGAGGUUUACAUGCCCCCUCCCUCCUACGCCUCCUAUGUGGGGGCUCUCUUCACCCCUCCCUCUACCGCCCCCCCCAUGGAACCCCCAGGCUUAGCCCUGAACCUCGGCCUGAGGGAAGGAGGAGCAGGGGCGAUGGUGAGGGCAGGGGCAGGGGUGGAGUAUGUAGAUGCCCAAGAUGAGACAUUUGGGGUAGAGGGUGAGGAUGAGAGGGUAAGGGUUGUGGGAGGCAGGCAGUAUUUGGGACGUGGUGGCUGUGGUGCCCCCACGAGUACUUUGAUGAGCUCGGAAGCGAGUGGUCUGUCUUACGACUCUGUGAAGUACACACUCGUUGUGGACGAGCACGCGCAGCUCGAACUGGUAAGUCUGAGGCAGUGUUACCAAUGUUACAGCGACGACAGCAACUCUGCGACCGUCUACGACAACUGCGUCUCGUCUCCGUAUGAGUCGGCCAUAGGGGAGAAGUAUAAGGAGCAAGAGGAGGAGGAGGAGGAGGAGGAGGAGGAGGAGGAGGAGGAGGAGGAGAGAGUGAGAGUGGGAAGGGUGAGGAGAGAAGCCCCCGCCUGUCUGUCAGAGGACUCCACCCCGGAGGCGAACUUGCACUUCUCUAAGAAGUUCCUCAACAUCUUCAUGAAUGGACGGUCACGAUCAUCCAGUGCAGAGCCGUUUGGCUUGUUCUCCUGCCUCAUAAAUGGGGAAGAGAGGGAACAGAGUCACAGAGCCGUCUACAGGUUUGUCCCUCGCCAUGAUGAUGAGCUGGAGUUGGAGGUGGAUGACCCUGUACUGGUGGAGGUACAAGCAGAGGAUUACUGGUACGAAGGCUAUAACAUGCGUACAGGCACCUGCGGCAUCUUCCCUGCUUACUACGCCAUAGAGGUCGCCAAGGAGCCAGAGAGCUUCAAAGUGAAGAGCAGUGACUGGGUAGACAGGUACCACAUGAAAUUCCUGGGCUCGGUCCAAGUACCCUACCACAAAGGCAACGAUGUUCUGUGUGCAGCUAUGCAGAAGAUUGCCACCAAUAGGAGGAUGACAGUGCAGUAUAACCCACCUUCGUCUUGUAUCCUUGAGAUCAACGUGAAAGGCGUGAAGCUCCUAGUCCAGGAUGACUACUAUGCCUCUGACAAAAGUAACCAGUGCAGCCACUUCUUCCAGUUGAAGAAUGUUUCCUUCUGUGGAUAUCACCCUAAGAACAACAAGUACUUUGGCUUCAUCACAAAACACCCAGCUGACCAGAGAUUUGCCUGUCAUGUGUUUGUGUCUGAAGAUUCUACUAAACCCCUGGCAGAGUCUGUUGGGAAAGCCUUCCAGUUGUACUAUAAGGAAUUUGUAGAUUGCUCCUGUCCGACAGAGGAUAUUUACCUGGAAUAGCACCCACCCUGCCUUCCACCACAACCCUGUACAUUACAGUGUAUCAUAACAUAAUGUUGCAUGACAGAGAAAACAAUUCUAACAAAUGUGAACUAAUAAAUUUGACAAAAAGAUGAAGGAGAGAGAGAAAGAAGGAGAGGUACUGGUGUCUAAUGUUUGUCCAAAGAUUUUAAACAGUAUGAAGAUUGAACAAGUAAUUGAUCGAAACAUAGUGGAGAUGUUGAAGAGGGGGUCCCAAAAUAUGUAAAAUGGAGUCACUGAUGAGGAAGUUAAUGUGCCACUAAAGCACAAUGCUCAGAUCAUAGUGACCAUGGGCCUCAUUUAUAAACGUUGCGUAGGCACAAAAUAAGGCGUACACCACUUUCUAAGCAAACUUUGGGAUUUCUAAAAAACGGGAGAAUGAGCGGUUCUCCAUGGACACUUUGACACAUAUGUAUGCACAUAAACUGGAGAAAUGAAAAACUGUGACUCCGAUGGCAGAAGGAUGAAACUCGAGAAAUCCUUUGAAAUUGAUACCAUUGUGUAAAAUAAAUUGAAAUAUUACCUCCCACGUGUUAUAUAUGAAGAGUUCUCUGGAGUACACACAAAAAACAUGAUUUAGGAUAAUAAAUACAAAUAGAGAUAUCUGUUUUUGCAAAAUAACCCCUCAAAUAUGUUGUACAGUUUAAUCGGGAAUCAUAUUUAAUUGGAUCUGUAAUUAUUAAACAAUACUUGCAUGUUAUGAAAUGUAUUCUCUUAAAUAAUAAGGUGAACAGUAGGACAAAUUACAUUUAAACUGAUGCCGUUUUCAAUGCCUCAGUUGGGUAGAUACCAGUGCACAGUUUCAUAUGUUCGUUGCACAGAACUGUCAAUGUGAUAAUGGCCCUGUCAUUGUCAGUUACAAUCAGGGUAAUUACCACACCUAAAGGUGUUACACAAUUGGGUGGCUUUGACAAUCAAAUGGGUGGGUAUGAAAAGGCAUGCAAUUACAAUGCUUAAUGACUCACAAUGGCUGCUUGGGCACUGUUGGAAGAUUUGGCGAAUGGAAGAAUUCGGAGAGAGCGAAUUUUCAGAGACCAGACAGACUUACUGGAAAAUUAUGAAGAGUGGCUAAUUAGCCGGUUCCGAUUACCGAGAGCUGUUCUCUUGGAUCUCUGUGCUGUAGUAGGCCCAGCUUUACAGAGAAGCGCCCGCAGAAACCAAGCCGUGCCUGUCCCACAUCAACUCCUUGGCAACAUCGUUAAUAGCGUCGAUGGUGUCUCUUCGCGUUUGCAGGACUGCAUCUGUGAGGAAAUGGCCACUGGAGGGUUGUGACGCAUGAGGUACAGUGGAGACGCUGAGGCUGGGCGCACUCAGCUCCUGUGUAAAUAAAUAAAGUAUUUGGUCAAUAACAAAGGUUUAUCUCAAUACUUUGUUAUAUACCCUUUGUUGGCAAUGACAGAGGUCAAACGUUUUCUGUAAG